GAAUCACAUCCCAGACUCCCAUCUCUCUCUCCUUCUCUUGCAGACUUGUCUUUGCUAGUCAAGAGCCCUGCCCUGCCCUUCCCUUCCCUGCUGCCUAUCCAGGUUGCCCAUCUUAUUUGGGUGUCAUGAGUUUGAUUCACCCUUUAUGCUGUUUCUCAGGGACCCAAUACGCUCAGACGUCGCACAAAAUUCCCGAUCGCAUUUGUUUUACGUUGGAUACAUGAAAUUGUUACUUGAGUGAUAUAGUUAGGGUCCGUAUAUACAGAACGCGUACUUGUGUACUUAAAAAAAAAAAAAAAAAAGAUCUAGACGCAGCGCCACGAACCCAAGCGUCUCAAAACGCGGACCUGUGCAAAUCUCUGAAAAAAAGAAGAAGAGGAAGAAGAAAACAGAGAUACGGCUCAACGCUCAAAGUCCAUCUCUAGCGCACGUUUACGCGGGGAAACAGCGCUAGAACGGACGCAAGAACGCUUUCUGUGUGAACGGCCCCUUUAGAAUGAUGACUCGCACAGCUGUGCGCGUUCCUAGGCAAUCCCAGUUGUGAGCGCGCACCAAUUGCGCUCACGCUCCCAGUUUCAUUUCGCGUAUCAGAGCCGGUGAACAUUAUUGACGAUGGAAAGCUGAGCCAUUUUCAUUCACAGACCAAAACAAUAAACCAGAGGUCAUUCAAGAACAGCCAGCAAACGAAAGGAUUUUAUUCACGCCACAUUUGUGGUUCGACGGGGAACCAAGGCCUUUGGAAAAAGUGGGUGUUCACUGUUGAGGUGUAUUAAAGGCCAUGGGUGGGACCAAGAGUAAACCCAAAGAACUAGGCCAGCGCUCCCGUAGUCUGGACGACGGCACUGGAGGACACCACCACAGUCCCAACCAAUCCUCAUUCACGCCCAACCGAAGCCCGACUGUGGAUGGCACCAGACGUGACACCCAGCCAAAAAUCAUCAAUGCAGCGCAGGCGCUGUUCGGAGGCGUUAACUCCACAGACAACAGCAUCUCCUCACCUCACAGAUGCCCGCUAGCGGGUGGCGUGACCACAUUUGUGGCUUUGUAUGACUACGAGUCACGCACCGCCUCCGAUUUGUCAUUCAGGAAAGGAGAACGACUCCAGAUUGUCAAUAACACGAGAAAGUUGAACCCCAGGGAGGGUGACUGGUGGCUGGCACGCUCGCUGACGACAGGAGAGAGUGGCUACAUCCCCAGCAAUUACGUGGCACCGUCUGACUCCAUCCAGGCUGAAGAGUGGUACUUUGGGAAGAUUACAAGAAGGGACUCUGAGCGACUCCUCUUGAGUUUGGAGAACAGGAGAGGAACUUUCCUGGUCAGAGAGAGUGAGACCACCAAAGGUGCUUAUUGUCUUUCCGUCCUGGACUAUGACAAUGUCAAAGGCCUAAAUGUCAAACAUUACAAGAUCAGGAAGCUGGACAGCGGGGGAUUUUACAUCACAUCACGCACACAGUUCAGUACGUUACAGCAGCUGGUGAAUCACUAUCGGCAACAUGCAGACGGUCUGUGUCACUGUCUAACUGAUGUGUGUCCAGUCCUGAAACCUCAGACUCAGGGUCUUGCUCGGGACGCCUGGGAGAUUCCACGUGACUCUCUGAGACUGGACGUCAAACUGGGCCAGGGCUGUUUUGGAGAGGUCUGGAUGGGUACGUGGAACGGUACGACACGCGUGGCUAUCAAGACUUUGAAGCCUGGCACCAUGUCUCCUGAGGCAUUCCUACAGGAGGCACAAGUUAUGAAGAAACUCCGUCACGAGAAGCUUGUGCAGCUUUAUGCUGUCGUCUCAGAGGAGCCCAUUUACAUCGUUACUGAGUACAUGGGACAAGGAAGUCUGUUAGAUUUCCUAAAGGGUGACAUGGGGAAAAUGCUGCGGUUGCCUCAGCUUGUGGAUAUGGCCUCUCAGAUUGCCUCUGGAAUGGCGUACGUGGAGAGAAUGAACUAUGUGCACAGGGACCUCAGGGCUGCCAACAUCCUGGUGGGUGAUAACCUGGUGUGUAAAGUGGCUGACUUUGGCCUCGCCCGACUCAUAGAGGACAAUGAAUACACGGCCAGGCAGGGAGCAAAAUUUCCCAUUAAGUGGACUGCGCCAGAGGCGGCACUGUAUGGCCGCUUUACCAUCAAAUCUGAUGUGUGGUCAUUUGGGGUCUUAAUUACUGAGCUGACGACGAAAGGCAGGGUGCCUUAUCCAGGCAUGGUUAACAGGGAGGUGUUAGACCAGGUGGAGCGAGGUUACCGGAUGCCCUGUCCCGCUGAGUGCCCGGACUCCCUGCACGAGCUCAUGCUCACCUGCUGGCGUAAGGAGCCUGAAGAGAGGCCGACCUUCGAGUACCUCCAGGGCUUCCUGGAAGACUACUUCACCUCGACUGAACCACAAUACCAACCAGGGGAGAACCUCUAGAGGAACCUUUAAGAAACAGCCCGGUGUGAAACCAGAGACACUUGGAGGCUUGGAAAUAACUUCACAUGGUUUAUGUCUUGAAGGGACAGCACGGCAGUUUGUAACCGAAAACAAUAUUGAUCCACAGAGGCACCCAGCUGUGGCUGCACAUAGCAGCCUCCGUUCAAUACAGCUGCAUCAGUUUAAAGCAACUUACUGGUUUUCCAGUGAUCUCACUUGCAUCGCUCCCUGUAAUUAUUGUUGCAUGUUUUUUUCCACGUGGACGGCGCUUUCAUUGCUAACGAACGGUCACGCAUCUAUCACAAGAAAGGCAAAUUGCGUCUCCAGCCAUGCAACUCUGUUUUUGCAGAUAAUCAUUACUAGCCGUAAUUUCCGAGGCUCUGUAACCAGUACCGAUUGAUCUUUUGCUGUUUUUCCUUGACCUCAUUGUACCGCCACCUCGCUCCGGCUUAACCCUUUGAGCGGAUGGUCUAGAUCUGUCACUCAUUCUUUCUUCUCCUCCCCCUCAAUCCAUCACUUCUUUCCUCCCAUCCCCCUUUAUACCACCAAUACUUCAAGCUCCUUUUGCUCUGUGGUUCUCCAUAAAGUCUUUGACCUUGUUCACUGAGUGCAAAGCAGUCAUCCGUAUACCGUAAAGUCUGAAGAGACAUCGAAUGGACGGAACUUGGUUGACAACAUCAAAUGUCCAAUAGGGGGCAACGGCACCUGUGUACAUGAUGGGAGAGAAUUGUGGUUUUACAACUAAACGGUUUUGUUCACCACCCUUUUCUGAUUAAUUUAAUCACGGAUGUUCCGAUUAAUGUCUUCCAAUAGAUAUCCAGGGUCUGUGUUAUGAUAUUUAUGCCUUUAACUGGUUCAAAUGAAAUUUUUGCUGUCCCACUAUGUUUCAUUCUUGUAUGAACCUGGAUCAACUGGAAUAAAGAAUGUGAUUGGCUCGAUCACUGUUCACAUGACAUCUUGGCUCUUGCAGAUAAAAAACAUUCAGACUGAAAUAUUCGAAAUGAACCAUUCUUGCUUUUGAUAUGGAUAUGUAAUCAAUUAGAUAACUGUAAAGAAUGCUGUUUUCAUUUGCUAUAAUAAUUAUACUCGAAACAACUACUGAUAUAUAGUUUAUUUCAUUUCAAGCAGAGGUGACUGUACAAUCCUACUUUUUGUGCCAAUGCAAAUAAGAAAAAGAAUUUUGUACCAUUUAUUAUGUAUAAAAUGUAUUUUUAUUAAUGUACUUUUUUGUAUCAGAGGAUUAGGAGGCUUUGUAACUAGAAUUUAAAGAGAUAGUUCACCCAAAAAUGAACAUUCUGUCAAUUAUUCAUACAUUUAUGAUUUUCUUUCUUUUGUUGAACACAAAAUAAAGCUUCAAAUAAGGACAAAAAAAGUAAAAAUACCAUUGGAGUAGUCUGCUAUGUAAUUUGCGUGCUAUGUUUCAAAUGUUCUAAAGCCAUACAAUUGCUUGGUGAUGAACAGACCAAAAUUUAAGUCAUUAUUCAUUGAAAAUCAUCUGUUUCCUCCACUGCCAUCAAAUCUCAUUCACGUUUCUGCAUAUUCAAACUUGGCGCAUCACAAUAGGUGACUAGGACACACUUCACUGACAUCAAAAAUCAAUGUAUGAGAACGCAAAUGAGAUUUUCACAAAAAAAAAAGAAAGUUAUGCGGGUUUGGAGCAACAUGAGGGUGAGUAAAUGAUGGCAGAAUUUAUUUUUGGGUGAACUAUCCCUUAAAUUAUCACACACAAAAAAAAAAAUUGUUCAAGAUAUGCUUGAACUGACUCCUUAAGUUAAUUACUUGAAUUUCAAAUGUUUUUUUUUUUUUCUUUUUAAAAUGUUUUGGCUUUUGGAGACAAAAUCAGACACUCAAAGUGGAAGUCGCCAAUAUUUUAUAUGCAAAAUUGCCAUCGUUAUAACUUAUAAAAGUGGGAGCUGGGUAACUAUCUCAAGUCUAUUGCUACUACUUUAUUAUCAGAUCUUUAUAGAAAUACACUGUAAUGUCCCACAGAAAACCAUCAACCUUAUCUGUGAGGUGUUUCACAUUUGAAUCGUGUGUUAAAUGAUGGUUGUCAAGGCAUGACUGUGUCAGGUUAUACUGAAUGCUUGGUGACGGUAUAACUCGGUCACUUUUGACUGUGAAACAUGCCCAAAAAUAAUAUAAUCACAGCCGAAGACAGUGUAGAAUCAAAUGGAUUUGAGUUCUAAUGUGACAUUUUUACUGAUAUGAUGAUGAUUGUAUUGUUCAUAAUGGUUUGGAACAGUGAAUAGUUGGUUAAGUCAGGUUCUAACAAGUUGUUUAGAAUGGCAUGCAAUUGCAGUACUCUAGCUGGUAGAUAUGAUCUCCACUGACGCCUGUCAAUAUUAGUGUAAAUACUUUCUUAUGCUUACUGUAAAUAUUCUUUUCAUAUUUGUUCCUAUAGUCUCAGUUUAUGAUCAGCAGAUUGUUUCUCACCUCAAGAUCAACAUUAUGUGUAGACGAUCAUUCUUGUGUGGAAAAAAACUGAGUUGCAUUGCAAAUCCUGUUUUUCUAAGAAAUGCAACUGAUAUUAUUCUUUAAUUAAACGCAGUUGCUUUUUUUAACACUGCAUAGAGGCAACCAAUCACGAGAAGCUGUCAUGUGAUCUAAUUCGAUCAAUGUGGAUGCCCAUUUCUACCACAUGAAAAAAGAAUUGUGUUCAUAAUUUGGACUUCCUGUCUCAUUUUUAUGACUUUUUAAUCUCAGAACUAUCCCUUACUAUCUCAGUUAACUUUUCUUUUUUUUUU